AUGACAUCAUUGAGUCCUUUGAACAAUGUGUCAAUCUCAAGUAAUUAUGUGAUUCCCGGAAAUAUUUAUUUAGAUAGUACUGCUGGAGUAAUGUACACGACCGAAGAUGCAAAAAUUAGAAAGAUUACUCUUUCAUCGGGUAUUAUUUCAACACUUGUUGGAAGUGGUAGAUUUGGAACAACAUAUACAACUGAUCCUACGACGACUCAAAUGCAUAUGCCAAAAAGCUUAACACUAUGGAAAACACACUUAAUUUGGAUUGAUGGAUAUGUGAGAAUUAGAAAAUUGGAUUCAUCCACUAAUCAAGUUUCGGUAAUUUUUGGUGCAGGAAAUGGAAACUCUGACAAUACUGUUACAAAUCCUCUCUUGGUUCGAUGUGGUUCUUCUUUGUCAAUAACUGUAGAUCCUUCAGAUAAUAUUUAUUUUGCAGAUUUUGAUAAUGUGAUGGUAAGAAAAAUUGACGGGACUACCAAUGUAGCUAGUGUUUACAAUUAUUACCCUAGUGGUUUAUUGGGUUAUCCAGUUCAAAUCAAAUAUUGUAAUGGAGGCCUUUAUGUAUAUGUAAAUGAUAACGUUAAUUUCUAUAUUCAAAAAUUGACGGAAAGUGAUGGAACUGUUUAUGCAAGCGUAGAGGUUGGAGGUGGUUCAUCAAAAAGUACAGGUAUUUCUGGAACUUCCUAUCAAAUGGAUGCCACUAACUAUGUUACCAAGAUGGACUGUUACAAUAAUGAGCUUUAUUGGAAUGCGUACGAUUAUAGCAUUAGAAAACUAACAACUGGUGGAAUUGUGGAACAGGUUUUGGGAAAUGGAUAUAGAGGUGAGUCAGAAGAUGGAACCAUUACAUCAUCUUCAAUAAUUGGUUACAUUGAAUACUUAACUAUUGAUCAGGCGAAUGGUGAUCUUUACUUUGCUGAAAAUAAUUACAACAUUAGAAAACUUGUUGGAACUACUUUGUCUUCAUUUUUGCAUUAUAGAAAUGUAUUGAAUGAAGGAAAUCCAAAAACUCUUCCAUUAGUUACAAAGGCAAUUGCUUUAUACAGUGAUGGAAUUUAUUUGGCUGAACCAAACAGUAUUAAGUUUUACAAUUUAACAAGUUCAACAAUUAAGCAUUUUGCGGGAUAUUUUUAUCUUCCAUAUAACAACAAAGCCCCAAUAGGAUCUUUAAAUAUUGGAGGUUCUUAUGUGACUGCUAGAUAUUCUAGCAUUCUAUCUAUGACAUGCACUCCAACAGGAGAUAUCUAUUUGAUUGAUAAUCAUUAUCCUGGAUUUUUUAUCAAAUUACUGUCAAAGAGCACGGGUUUAGUUACAAUAGUAGCUGGCACAGCUUCUGCAUUAGAGUGUGUUAAUGGAAAUACUCCAACUGCUUGUGCUAUUACUAAUGCCAAAAAUAUACAAUAUUACAAUGGUGAGGUCUAUUUUGCAACAGAUAUCUACAUUUACAAAAUCAGCUCAUCAACUGGAAAGAUUGAGAUUGUUUUAGGAGGCGGUACUUUCACUUCUGAUGGUGCAUCUUCAUCAGCAAAUAUUGCAACGCUUGGUGCUUUUACGAUACGACCAUCAGAUGGAAAGAUAUAUUACUUUCAACAAAUCGGUUUUACGUUUUAUCUCAAAGUUUUCUCUACUUCAACAGUUACAACACUUUUUACUACCUCUUCUGUUCCUCUUGUCCCAUUCAGUCUUUAUGUAAACGACAACGGUUAUGUGUACUACACUGAUAGUAUGACUAAUACUGUUAAACUUUUCACACCUACAACAGCUAAUGCUAACACUGGUACACUUACGUCAUAUGCUGGUAAUAGUUUUGGAACAUAUAAUGAUGGAGAAACUCUGGCUAAUACCAAGUUCACUACACUUGUAGGUUUGACUUUUUCCAACGAUAACAACUUGAUGUUUGUUGCAGACGAUAAACUCAGAAUAAUUUACAAGGAGUGUGAUGCAAAUUAUGGUGGAGAUUAUUGUAAUCUACCCUAUUGUUACUCGAUUAGAUCUGAUGACUCCACUGUUUGUAAUUCUAAUGGAAAUUGUACAGAUGUUAACAAUUGUUUGUGUUCAAAUGGUUUCUCAGGUGCUAAUUGUUCUUCUUGGACUUGUAAUGGAUAUUCAAAUUCUCUUACAACUGGCUGUUCUUAUCAUGGUACUUGUACAUCAUAUAACACUUGUAAUUGCUCAUCUAAUUAUUAUGGAUCUAAUUGCUCAAUUACAACAUGUAAUGAUAUUUAUUCUAAUUCAAGUGAAGUUUGUUUAGGAAGAGGUAUAUGUGCUCAAGUAGACGAUUGCCAUUGUGAAUUUGGUUUUACAGGCAAUAAUUGCCAAAAUUACAACUGCUCUGGAAUUGCUUUUGACAAUUCCAGUGUCUGCUCUUCCAGAGGAUUGUGUUUAUCUCCAAAUAAUUGUUCUUGUCAAAGUGGGUUUUUUGGAAAUGAGUGUCAACACUAUAAUUGUUAUGGAAUUCUCGCUAAUUCGUCUCAAGUUUGUUCCUCAAGUGGUGUAUGUUCAUCUCCAAAUAAUUGCACCUGUAAUGAUGGUUACACUGGUGAUGAAUGUCACUUGACUUCCUGUUAUGGCGUUUCUUCCAAUAAUUCAAAGGUUUGUUCAGGUCAUGGAGGUUGCAGCUUUUAUAAUAAUUGUAUCUGUGAAAGUGGAUAUUUUGGAAAUGAUUGCUUCUUCUAUAAUUGUUUUGGUAUUCUGAAUACCAAUAGUUCAGUAUGUUCUGGAAAUGGUAACUGUACAAUGCAUGAUACAUGUGAGUGCAAAGAGAGUUUCACUGGAUUAAGUUGUAAUGUUACAAUACCACAAAAUAGUCCAAUUAUUAGUAAUAUUUCUUUUGGUAACAUUACUUUUAAUAAUACUUCUAUGAAUGAAACAUCUUACUUUAACGAAACUCUCAUGAGCAACAUAUCAAUGACUAAUGGCAGUUCAAAUUAUAUUUCUUUGAGUAAUAAUACUGUAAAUACCACUUCCUUAAAUGAUACAGAGUACUUUAAUGAAACCAAAAUGAACCCUAGCAACAUAUCAAUAACCAACAGUAGUUUAAACUAUACUUCUUUAAAUGAUACUGCAAAUUUCAAUGAAACCAAAAUGAACAAUGACUCUUCUCAUAACUCAACUUCUAACACUAAUGAAACGGAUGUAAAUUCUCCCCUCCUUCAACAAAAUACAUCCACUAUCAACAAUACCAUUCUUAACAAUAACGUCUCUGCUGAGUCCUCCCAAAUUUAUUUACUGGUUUCGUGUUUUGGUAUUCUGAAUACCAAUAGUUCUGUCUGCUCAGGAAAUGGUAAUUGUUCAAUGAAUGAUACAUGUGAGUGCAAAGAGAGUUUCACUGGAUUAAGUUGUAAUGUUACAAUACCACAAAAUAGUCCAAUUAUUAGUAAUAUUUCUUUUGGUAACAUUACUUUUAAUAAUACUUCUAUGAAUGAAACAUCUUACUUUAACGAAACUAUAAUGAGCAACAUAUCAAUGACUAAUGGCAGUUCAAAUUAUACUUCCGAAAACUCAACUUUCACCGUUAACGAAACAGAUGUAAAUUCGUCUCCACAAAAUACGUCAACAAUCAUCAACAACACCAACCCAACAACUUCUAACACAUCUUCUGUUAUGCAAAACAGCACAUGCUAUGGAACCAAUUCUACUCUGGUCUGUAGUGGAAAUGGAAAAUGUUUAACUAACCAACAGUGCUCUUGUGACUAUGGAUACGCAGGUGAUGUAUGUGAAUUGAAUACGUGUUUUGGAAUUCCUUCUUCUGAUAGAGUAUGUAAUGGAAGAGGUGUUUGUUCAAAUAUCAAUACUUGUGAAUGUUUUUCUAGAAUUGGAGUCAAGAUUAUGGGAGAUGAAUGUGAAACUUUGCUUUGCAGAGGAGUUUAUAAUGGUGUGGGGUAUUUCUUUUCAGAUAUAGACUCAAGAGUUUGUUCAAACCAUGGAAAGUGCUUUAUUGAUUUAAAUAAUUCUUCAGGCUGUUUUUGUGAUUAUGGUUAUUAUGGAGAUUCGUGCAAUAAGUAUGAUUGUUUCUCGGAGUCAAGCACUAGUGAAAAUGUUUGCUCUGGACAUGGAACAUGUGAAAGUCCUGAUACUUGUCAAUGCUUAAAUGAUGACACAAAUGGACAUUUUGCAGGACCAAACUGUAAUACAUGUCAUUCGGCAUUUUCUGGAUCAUCUUGUAAAGACAAGACAUGUACUGCUUCAACAUGUUUGAAUGGAGGUUCAUGUGGAAAUGAAAACCAGUGUGUUUGUACCAGUAAUUUUACAGGACUGAUUUGUGAGGAUUGUAAAUUAGACCAUUAUGGGUUAAAUUGUAAUGUCUAUUGUAAUUAUGAAACUACGUGUAAUGGACAUGGAUUUUGUGAUAUGUUGAAUGGAACCUGUUUAUGCUUUUCAAGCAGAGAAAAUGGAUAUUGGAAUGGAACAAGUUGUAAUUCAUGCCUUGUAGACUAUUAUGGCAGUGAUUGUUUAACUCGUUUUGAUUCCUUCAAUUCAACUUAUUCUUCAGCAUUAUUUGGACAAAUUUCAAAAUAUUUUGAUGGAAUAUCAUUCAAGUUAUUUGGGCCUUCUUAUUCACAUAACAGCAUUUCAUGUUCCAAAUUAAUUCACCCCAAUGAUUUUUCACUAUUUGGUGUAGAACCAAAAUGUUAUUGGACAGAUAAAUUGAAUGGUGUAUUCAAAAUAGAAUUUGAUAAUGAUUUUACAUUUGACAUCACUAAGGUAUUGAGUAUCCGAUUGAAUACAAAUGUAUUCUCCAAUACCUUGAUUGAUUAUGGGUACAUUAGAAUGUAUUUGAUUCUGUCUGACAAUAUUCAAGCACCAACAGCAAAUAUCAAAACCUCAAAAAAACUUUAUUCCACGUCUGAGAAUAUUUAUCUUAGUGCUAGUAACAGUUUUUCAGGAGAUAAGAAAGGAUUAGAAUAUUAUUGGAGUAUUAAUGGACAAAAUGUACCAAUGAAUGUUUUACAAUCAACAAUGUCAACAAAGGAUCAAAUUCUAAAAAUUGAAAAAGAUCAAUUAACCAGUGGAACUUUCGUUAUUUCAUUAUUUGUCAAAAGCCAAGUAAGCAAAUUGUCGAGCUCAACUGAGUCAAUCACUAUUCAAGUUCAAGAUGUUGAAUUUCCCUCUGUUGUAAUUUUAAAUAAGGAAAUUUCAGUGAAAUCAAUAGACAAAUAUAUAACAAUCAAAAAGACAACCUCUAUUCCAAUAUCUUUGAAAGAAAAGGAAAUGAAAAUAGAAUGGCAACAAAUAGAAGGACCAACAUCCAUCAAAUUCAAAAAAGACUCUUACAAUAAUUUAGUUAUUGAACAAUUAUCAAUUGGAAAAUGGAAAUAUGUUUUCAAAGUUUCAAUAUUUGUUGUUGAAAAUCCAACAUUAACCUCUAACGACUUCGUUGUAAUCAAUGCAGAUCAACCAAAACUUUCACUAUCAUUAUCAUUGAAACAAUCAACAAGAAUAUCUAAUUCUAUUCAGGUGAAUUUUCAAGAUCCUGAAAACAAUUUAGAUGAAUACGAGCGUUGGAAGUGGACAUGUAUUGAUGUUGCCACGGUUGGAUAUUGUGGUGAUACAAUUUAUCAAAAUCUUGCUUUGAAUUCAAAGAAUCGCUCCACAAUUAUUAAUCUUUCACAACAAGAUUUUCCAUCCUAUGUCAUGAGCCCAACACUUACAUUGUUCAUUAUGAAGGGAGAUAGAAGCGUUUAUAGCUCGUUAAAUUUAAAUAUUCAACAUUCACCUCCAAUAAUCAGUGUUAUUAGUAUUUCACCAAAUUUGAGAAAUAUUGUAACCAAUGAUGAUAAAAUAUCAAUUGAAAUGAAACAUCAAGAUCAAGAUCCCUCCAAUUCAUCACUCGUAAUUAAAACUCAAUGGAAAAUUGAUAACUUUUUGGUAUCUGAAAGUAAUACCAAAAAAGUGAAUGGAAAUGAAUUUGAAACAACUAGCUCCACAAUCACAACACCUUUUAAGCAUCUUAAGAGUUUAAAUAAGAAUAAGUAUAGCUCGUUAGUUAUUGACUCAAAAGAACUAGAAGAAGGAACUGAUCAUUCAAUUGAGGUCAAAGUUUCCUUUGUGGAUAGUUAUACCAAUCAAGAAAUGGCCGCCACUUCAAAUGUGAACAGUUUCACAAAAGCCUUACCUCCAAGAAAGUGUCCAUGUACCAUUUCACCAACAACUGGUGUUUCAAUGAAGACUGAUUUUACAUUCAGUUGUGAUAAUUGUCAGAAUGAAGAUAAUACAAUUGAAAUCAAACAAGGAUACAUUGAUCAAGAAACUGGAAUUAAGGUUUAUUUACCAUUGUCAUUGGAUGGUUCCGUUAACAUUCCAUCUUCCUCUUCUGCUACAUCUUCUACCAAAAGAAGAUUGGAUGAUCAUUCUGUUCAAUUAUUUGUUGAACUGGGUGACAAAUCAACAGGAGAAUCCAGAGUAAUGUAUUCGAAUAUCACUGUACUACCUCCAAGCCCACCACAUCCAACUUUAUCUGAAAUUUUAAAUCUUGUUUCAAAUCAAACAAGUAAGAUCAUGUCUACUUCAAUUCAAGAUGGUAAUACAGCAGUUAGUAUUGCAGAUACUCUUACUUGUAUUGUGUCAACAAGUCAAUUAUUACAAACACUACCAAGUACUGAUAAGGAAACAAGUACUGUCACUCAAGUUCAAUCUAAAUUAUUAGAUACAUUAUCUAGUUCAUUGCAAACAACUGGAUCUGAUAGUGUUUCAAGUUCCACAACGUCAAUGGCCGUUCUAGCACUGCAUUCCGUUGUGAAGAACGAACAAGUAAUUGAAAAACCAGUUAUUCAAAAAUCAAUUACCAUUCUAAAUAAUGUUAUUCAAUUGACACUUAAAAGUAAGGUUGAUAUUUUCACACAAACAUCAAAACCGCUAUUAGCAAUUGUUGGAAAGUUAAGUGACCAAGUUGCUAAAUUUACCCACUUGAAAGAGGAAUUUAUAAGAUACGAGGAAAUAGCAUCAACGGCUGAGAUGAUAACCCUGUCCUAUGUUUCUGUUCAACCAGUGAGUGGUGAUCCAGCAGCAAUUCAUGAGAGUGUUGUUAAUGCCAAGGCUGACAAAAUGUACUUGACUGAUUUUUCAAAUGUAAUUAUAUCAUCAGCGCCAACAAGCAAUUCUAAAAAGAGAGUGAAUAUUUAUCAAUCUUUUGUGAAUAUUCCACCAAUGAAAGUUACAGAAAGUAAUGAAUUUGCAGAAUUGACCUAUUCCUACAUUGUUAAAGAGCAUGUUCCAUCGAUUUAUCAAAAAAUUUUACAACAAGAAUCAAAUAACUCUACCAAUGGAACAAGGUUUGAUGUAAUUUCAUCUGUGAGUGCUUCAUUAGCAAUUUCAUCUCCUCAUGCUCACAUGAUUGAAUUUUCUCAAAAUUUGACAAUUUAUAUUCAUGUCAAUGAUGAAGAUUUCUCCACAGCGUCAUUGACAGAAUAUGCAUGUGUAUUAGUCAAUUCAAAUUUGGAAAGCGAUUUUGAAAAUUGUACCAUUUCAGGACGUGACAAGGCAACUGAGUCAAUUGCUUGUAAUUGUCGAUUCAUUGAUCUACAUGUUUCUAAUGUAAUAAUUCUCAAAAACAAUAAGCAAAAAAUAGUACUACAGAACAAACAAGAAGAAGGUCUAGAUGAUGAUGUGUUGGUGAUUAUAAUUGUUGCAAUUGUUUCAUGUGUUGGAUUGUCUAUUCUGUCAAUUUCAAUGGUAAUGGGAAUUUUUGCUUGUUAUAUGAAGAAGAAAUCUAAAAAGAUUUAUCCUUACGAAAGAAAGGAAUUAAUUUCACACAAUAUUGAACAACCUACCAAACCUUAUGAUAAUUCAUUGAUUUCAACAUCUUCCAUUUCUUUACUUUAG